AUGUCCAAUGAAAAGCUUAAUAGAUUCCUCAAAGCGUUGGAUGCUGUCCAAAGUGACUAUACCUGUGGAGUUUGUGCUGAAUUAUGCAACAAACCUAUAACUUUGAGUACGUGUUUUCAUAUAAUUUGUGCGGAACACUUCGAAAAUUUACACAGAUGUCCUACAUGCGAUAUACCUAUUACGGGAUGCACAACAUUUACUGAUGACCGUUUAGAGAGUUGUAUACAAUCAGCUAGAGAGUUGGGAAACAUAUUCGAAAGUUUCCGAGUGAAAGCCGCCUUACAAACAUCAAAUGCCGGGAGUUCUAACAGUGCCAACAAGAAACGAGUUAAAAAGGCUCUAGGAGUUAAUGAUAAAGAAAACAAAAGUAACUCUAGGGCCUCUCAAAUAUAUACACCUGAGAAAUCAGCUAAAUCCAAGAAACAAGAGAACAAAAGUGAUAAUGUGAACACAACAUUACAGUCCACAGCUAGUUCGAAAAUAAAUACGGGCAUUGAGAAAAGAAAUAAUAAGGGAGAGACGGCUUUACAUGUAGCUUGCCGUCUCGGUAAAGUUGAAUCUGCAAUAGACUUAUUAAAACAAGGCGCAAACCCGAAUACAAAAGACAAUGCUGGCUGGACUCCUUUACACGAAGCUGUUCAGAAUGGCCGUCUGGAUAUAGUUAGUGCAUUAUUACAGUAUAACACACUCAUUGAUGUACCGGGCCAAGGAAACGAGACUCCGUUACAUGAGGCAGUGAGAUAUAAUCACAAAGAAAUAGCCGAGGAAUUGGUGAAGCACGGAGCAGAUAUCAAUUCUAGGAACUCGAAAGGAGAAACUCCAUUGAAUUUAGCGAGCAACGAUAUGAGGAAGAUUUUAGAGGAAGCCGCAGAGAAUAUAAUUCAAACACAGGGUGUGAAUAUCAGUUAUUUAUCAGAUUUGUAUAUGGAAUUGGAUUCCGAAGAUAUCCAAGUGUUCUGCGUUUCUCAAUUCCGUACAGUACACAAUAAAUUAAAAUCGCUAUCGAAACAUCAUUCCAAUUUACAUGUUGAGGCAAAAUUUUCUAAAAAAGUUACUCAUUUACUGGUCGAUGAGGAAGAUGGUGUGUGUCCAUCAAGUUUAGAUGUACUUCAGGGUAUCGUGAGUUCCUUAUGGAUAAUAUCAACUCAAUGGAUACUUAAGUCAUCAGAAGAGAAAUUGUUGCCGUUCAAAAGUUAUGAAGUUAUUGGAGUCGGUAACAAAUCAUAUAACGGUCCGAGGAACUCUAGAUAUAACAAAUACAAGCAAUUACCGGGUAUUUUCAACGGCUGCCACAUCUACUUGCACAAUUUCAACACAAAGUACGAAAUAUCUAAGUCUAUAAUAUUAACAAAGGCUAUAUUAACUAAAUUAAUCACCGAUGCUGGUGGCAUCGUUCUGAGAAGAGUUCCGAACCCAGAACUGAUUCCUGAUGAGGAGAAAAUAGUUCCGUAUCACGCUAAGAAAGGUGGAAAGCUCGUUGAAUGCUCACAUUAUAUAAUAUUUAAGAACAUGUAUGAGCCGAUGUAUAAUAUGUCUCAUUUCAAAGCAUUACCCAUUGGUUGGCUGAUAGAGUGUAUUGAAAAAUAUGAAUUGUGUGAGCCAUGGUAA